AUGAGUCAAAUGUGUAAUCGAUGUUGGAGUACAAAUAUAAAUUUAAUUAUCUUAUGGUGUGGACAUUACAUGUGUCAAAGUUGUCUUUCAAAGAAUAUUAUUGUAGAGAACGGUCAAUUAGUAGCUAUAUGUACUUGUGCCCAGUCAACACCAGUUGAUAUUCACAUCAAAGGAAAAAGUCACCAAAGCAUGGAAUCAAUUGGUAAUUCAGUAGCUGCAUCGAAUACAUGCGGUCGUAGUGAUCAAAAUUUGCUUUUUAAUACAGUAACACGUUGA